AUGGCUUCCCCGGGGAGCCGUGCUGAGAACCAGCUGGAGGCAGGAAGCCUGGAGUUCAGAGCCCACCGGCUCCUCGAGGAGGAAGGCUGCGUGAAUGUCACUCGCGCCACCCAUCUGAUGCGUGCCAUCCACGUACAUGCUGUGCUAGAUGCUGCGGCGUGGGGACCAGACGCUGUCCUUGGCCGCAAGACACGAGCUCCGAGUGAGGUGACGCGGGGAGCCCGAGAGACGGGCGACCUGGACCACGGCAGCCGUCAGGCACACUCAGCCUUGCUGGGCGUCGCUGUUCACCAGGAUUUCACAAGGCCCAGAGCACAGGAUGUGAACAGGAAACCGCUCCUUCCUGCUGGGGCAACACCCCAGAAAUGGAUGCAGAAAGCCGGUGACCAGCCUCUCUGCUGGGGUCGGAGUCGAGAGGAGGGAAACUCAGAGAAAAUCAGGUUUACAAAGCUUCUUGGUUUGAAACGACCAAGGACCCUCACCAAGCAACACUGGCCUCCCUGUGGACAUUCGUACCGAUGGGACACAGGGGCACGUACUGACGUUAUAACCCAGCAGUUCUGCAUGCCUGAAGCAAAGGUUUAUUUUGAUGUUGCGAAUCGCUUAAUAGGACAAAUUGUAGAUAAAUCCUUGAUUUUCAACAUCAGGAUCAGCGAUGUGAACGAUCAUGCACCCCAGUUCCCUGAGAAGGAAUUUAACAUCAGUGUGAAGGAGAACCACACUGCAGGUGUUCAACCUAUUCUUCAGAUGUUAACAGUGGAUUUGGAUCAAGAAAAUACUCCAAAUUCUCAUGUCCUUUACUUCCUUGUUUCCCAAACACCGUUACUGAGAAGUGCUUUCUGGAUUGACCGUAUUAGUGGAGAAAUAUGACUGUCAGGGUGCUUAGAUUACGAGACUACUCCUCGGCUUGCAUUAGUAAUCAGAGCGGAGGAUUGUGGAGGACCACUGUUGUCAUCCACGGCCACGGUUCACAUACGUGUGCGAGACGGCGACAACCACAUGCCACGUUCAGCCGGGACAAUAGUGGAAGGCCGAGCCAGCCAGGGCGUGUUAUGUCUUGAGGUCCAAGAUGGUGAUUCUCCAUUUACGUCAGCAUGGAGAGUGAAGUUCAAUAUAUUAAAUGGCAAUGAAGAGGGACAUUUUGACAUUUUGACUGAUCCUGAGACCAAUGAAGGGAUUUUAAAUGUUAUCAAGCCUUUGGACUGUGAGACUCAGCCAGUGCGGAGCCUGGUCGUGGCCGUGGAGAACGAGGCGCCGCUCUUCUCCUGCGAAGGGGGCGGCUGCAGAGGCCCGCAGGCUGCGGCCAGCACCACCGUGAGUGUGCAGGUGGCCAGCGUCAACGACCCGCCCGCCUUCCACCCCGGGACCUUCACUGUCAGUGAAGUCAAUGGCGCUGGGCCUGGGACUCAGGUGGGAAUUUUUAAUGCUACGGAUCCGGACAGAACUGCCAGCCGGAUAAGAUACGAACUGGCUUAUGAUCCGGCAGAUUGGGUCAGUGUAGAUGAGCUCUCAGGGGCGGUAAUCACCAGGAAGCAAGUUGACCGCGAAUCCCCUCAUGUGAGUGACAGCUUUUACAUGAUCAUCGCUCGUACUGUUGAUGAUGGUGUCCCGCCGCGGACGGGGACGGGGACCAUCCUGCUCUUCCUGUGAGACACCAACGACAACUCGCCCGCCCUCCACACACGGCCUCGAUACCUGGAGGUGGAGUCUGCAGGAGGCAAGCCCCUCCCCAUCGAGGCGGAGGAUGGGGACCAGGAGCCCUACUCCGACCCGUUCACCUUCAAAGUGGACAAUACCUGGGGAAACACAGAAGACACGUGGAAACUGGGGGAAAAUCAUGGUCGCUCAGUGGAACUUUUAAUGCUGAGAAGCCUCCCACGUGGUGACUACUUGGUGCCGCUUUUCAUCGGAGACAAACAGGGACUCUCCCAGAAGCAGACUGUCCAUGUGAGGGUCUGUUCCUGUCCCGGUGGGUUCACAUGUGCAGAGCCCUCCGUCGCGGGAGCCGGGCUCCUCCAGGGGGUGCUGGCCUCUCUCUGUGCAGCGUUCAUAGCUCUGGCAGCCGCUCUGCUUUUCCCGCUGAGAUGCAAUUUUGUGUCUGGCCAGAGGCAGGGACGCUCUAUCCCACGUGAGGAAGGCAUCCAGACCCUGAUCACGUGGAACGACGAGAGCGGAGCCGCCCCUGUCCAGGAAAGGUCAUACGUCAGGGAUCAGAUGUCAGCCCUGUCCAUCAACACAGCCGAGGCGGGCACCAAGCUGGGAGCUAAGGAUUUAGGGGAAACGCUGCCAUCUUUGCCAAGUGCAUCAGACCAAGUCCACUUUGUGCUGGGGACUCUGGUUUACCUGGAUACUGUGGUGCCCGAAGGACCCAUGGAAGUGAGGGUACGAGUGAUGGCAGGGAUGCUGAGUCAGCAGCUCGGUGGUGCUGACAUCCCCAAGGGAGACCCUGGUUACCCACCUCACGUCUACGCAGAGGAGGGCAAGUGUGAGCGAGCAGAGACCCGCAGUUCUCUCGCCUUCUCCGAACGUGACCUGUCGCCCGACUUGCUGGACUCUUUGGGGCCAAAGGCUGCUCCACUCGAAGAAAUAUAUUCUGAGUCAGCCAUCCCUGAAAACAAGGAGCGAGCUGUGAAAACCAUUCAGGUCCCUGGAAGGGCAUCCCCCCCGGUACCCACGCCAGUCAGCUGUGGCAGAGGAGACAACAGCAAGCACGCAGCUUUGCGAGAUAUGCAAGGUUCUUUAGAAGAAAGGCUGAGGGAGAGCAGGAAGGGGACAGGUGCCAGCUGGGAUGGCCUGGCCAGCAUCCACGACCAGGUCGUGUUUCUCCUCUGGCCCCCGGCUCCUCACACCGCCCCUCACGUGGCGCUGGGGAAGUAUGGCCCCUCCUGGCUUGUCUGCCUACCUAGCCCGCUGCAGGCCAGCCUUCUGGGGGCAAGUGCUGUCUUACCUGCUUCUGUGGUACACGACACGGCGCCUGGCACGAGCUGGACACUUCAUCAGAGUGAGCUGCAGUAG